UCAUUUUUACCCGCGAAAAAAGAAGAAGAGGAGUGAAGAAAUGCACGACGGCAAAACUGAAAACAGUAACAAGGUUACACGAUCACCGGUUUUUACGGUUUAACGGCGUAAGCUUUCUCUUUAAAACAACCCCAACAAAAAGAUACCCAAAAAAAGUGAGCAAUUUGAGCUUCUCCCACCAACUGUAACCAUGAAGUUCUUCUUCGCAAGCUCUAUAUGCUUCUUCCUAGGAUUUCUCCUCCUCGUUCGUAGGGUAUCAUCAGAACGUGCCAUUUUCCCUCCAAGAGGUUGGAACUCGUAUGACUCUUUUAGCUGGACAAUUUCAGAACAAGAGUUUCUGCAAAGUGCUGAAAUCAUAUCUAAAACGCUACUUCACCAUGGAUAUGAGUAUGUGGUGGUGGAUUACCUUUGGUAUAGAAGAAAGGUUCCGGGUGCUUAUACGGAUUCUCUUGGCUAUGAUGUGAUCGACGAAUGGGGCAGAAUGCUGCCUGAUCCAGGUAGAUGGCCGUCUUCCAAAGGAGGAAAAGGGUUUACUGAAGUGGCAAAAAAAGUGCAUAGUAUGGGUUUGAAGUUUGGGAUUCAUGUCAUGAGAGGGAUAAGCACACAGGCAGUAAAUGCAAAUACCCCUAUCUUGGACACAACCAAGGGAGGUGCUUACGAAGAGUCUGGAAGAAAGUGGACAGCAAAAGAUAUAGGGAUCAAGGAAAGGGCUUGCGCAUGGAUGUCGAACGGUUUUAUGAGUGUGGAUACCAAGUUGGGGGCUGGAAGGGCCUUCCUUAGGUCGCUUUAUCGACAGUAUGCUGAGUGGGGUGUCGAUUUUGUGAAACAUGACUGUGUAUUUGGUGAUGACUUGGACGUGAAUGAAAUAAGCUUUGUUUCAGAGGUUCUCAAGGAACUUGACCGUCCUAUACUUUAUUCUCUUUCUCCUGGAACCAGUGUAACACCUGCUAUGGCCAAGGCUGUGAGCGGACUAGCCAAUAUGUACAGGAUAACUGGGGAUGAUUGGGAUACGUGGGGAGAUGUUGCAUUUCAUUUCAAUGUUACAAGGGACUUUUCUGCCGCUAAUAUGGUAGGAGCAAAGGGAUUGCUGGGGAGGUCAUGGCCUGACUUGGAUAUGCUACCUCUAGGAUUGCUUACUGAUCCAGGUUCGAACGAAGGUCCACACAGAACGAGUCGGCUUACUUUAGAUGAGCAAAGAACUCAGAUGACUUUAUGGUCUAUGGCCAAGUCUCCUCUCAUGUAUGGAGGAGAUGUGAGAAAGAUUGAUGAGACCACUUACCGUCUCAUCACUAAUCCUACUCUGCUGGAGAUAAAUCAUUUUAGCUCAAAUAAUAUGGAGUUCCCUUACAUUACUAGUACAACGAGCUUCAACAAGGCAGAUGAAGCUGUCUCCUGGCAAUCAAGAAAAUGUUUGACAGAUAGAAGAACUUCUGAAUCACAUGUUGUGGGUCUCACUAGCUGUUCAGAUGUGAAAGCAGUUGGUUGGUCUAAUGAAGCUUUUGAGCAAGAUGAUCUUGAACAAAUCUGCUGGAAAGAAAAUUCCAAAAACAAACACCAGGCGCCUUUUUGCCUAUACAAGAGAGAAUCUUGGCUGACAUCUUCAUGUAGAGAUGACGACAUAAUCCACAAAGAGAUAUACCAAGGAAAACUCUUCUUAUUAGCAACUGACCGGGCCGAAUUUUGCUUGCAUGCUUCUCCAAAAAGAAAGGUUACCUCAAAAGAGUUGAAAAGAAAUUCAUUUUCACCUUGCACAUGGGACACAAAUCAGAUGUGGGAACUGAAUCAUCAUGGGACGCUGAAAAAUAGUUAUUCCGGCCUAUGCGCGACUGUGAAUUCUGCUGCAGCUAAAGUCAAUCCCAAUGGAAUUCGUUCUUGGAUCGCAACUGGAAGAAGAGGAGAAGUAUAUGUUGCUUUUUUCAACCUUAGCCCAGUGAAGACAGUAAUAACGGCUAAGAUAUCAGACCUGGCCAAGGCACUUCCCGGCGCAAAGUUGAGCGAAGAUUCGUGCAAGUACAGAGAAUUGUGGUGUGGGAAGGACUUUGGGAUAGCAAAGCAGUCAAUUUCAACGGAAGUUGAAACUCAUGGGACUGCUUUGUUUGUAUUGAACUGUGCUGGUGCUGGUGGUGAUGGACUGUAGACAACAAAAAAAGCAUGGUCUUGUAGUAGAGAUCAUGUCAAUGGGGGCGCACGCGUGAGAAGCAUCAUUCUCUAUUUAUGGCCAUAACAAUGUCUUUUGUAAUACCCAAAAAGCAAUGAUGUAAUGAUCAUUGCUGUUGCUUUAGCAGUGAAAUGACGAGUGAUUAGCUCAUAAUAUGUAAAGAAUGUGGGGAAAAUGAGGUAUUUUAUAAACAAAAUCUUUGAGAGGUUAGUGAAGUAAUGAGGAUAGAAUUGGGGUGAGUGUAGAGCCAUACCACUUUAAAGGGGUUGGUAUUGGCAUACAACACUUGGGAGGAUUUGCUGAUAAAAAUAUAAAAGAAAAAAAAAAAAAAACCCCUUGGGA